GCUUGUCAAUGGUUUCGUAAUAACCAAUCAGUAUUAACUAGUUGGGAUAAAUUUGUUCAAGAAAUUAAAAAAGCUUUUACUUCGUCUUUUUCGGAAGAGCUAGCGUUUAAAACCCUUGAGUCAUAUACUCAAGGGGAGAAACAAUCUGUCCGUAAUUUUUUUAAUGAAGUUCUAAACUUAUGUAAGAAGGCUGAUCCUAACAUGAGCGAGUCGACUAAAUUGAAAAAUUUAUUAAACAAAGUAAAGCCUAGCAUGCAACUAGAGAUACGCAAAAAAAAGCCAAAAACACCUGCUGAAUUUCUUGAGCAUGCAAAAGAAAUAGAAGAACUAUUACAGUUAUCUAACAUCAGUACAAAUACAACUAUUAGUUCUGCUUCUAAACCAAAAACUUUUUCUACGAGUGACAAUACUUCGAGUGCCACUUCCGUACAGUUUUCCAACAGUACUAACAGUAAUUAUCGUUCAAUACCACGAACUAGUUUUCGUGCUUAUCAAGGAUCAUCUAACUAUACAUCUGAUCCCAAUUAUGUAUCUAAACAGAAUCGAACACAGGCUUCUAACUCGAAUUAUUAUUAUCAGUCACCACGUCAUUCUUUAUCAACAAAUAAGUACAAUGAUAAUACAGGUAGUCGUAAGCAGAAAAAUAUACAACCACAUAAAAGUUUUGCACAACCUGAUAAUAAAGCGACUUCUCGCUCAGUUAAUGCAGUUUUUACAUCAACCUUACCACCUAAUCAUGAUGAUAAUCUUGACUCUCUUUCAACAGUAGUUUGUCAUCUCUGUAAUUCUAUGGGACAUGACGCUUCGUCAUGCCCAAAUUUUCAGUAA